CCCAAAUACACUACAUCUUAGAGAGACCUGCCUUGUCCUUCGUUUCCUCAACAUAGCAGAGACAUACAAACACCAUGGAAGGAGGUCAAACUCGUGGUGUGGUUCCAACCUACCUGGCAUGGUCCAUCUUCAACACCCUGUGUUGCUGCCUGCCCCUGGGCAUCGCUGCCAUCAUCUGCUCCUGCAGGGUGAGCAACGCCAAUGCCAUCGGAGAGAAGACCACAGCCGAAGAGGCAUCAAGGACAGCCAAGAUCCUGAACAUCGUGGCCUUGGUCUGUGGGAUUGUGUUGAUCAUCAUUGUAGUCGCCAUCAGAGUCACUGCAAAAUAAUGAAAACUGUGGUGUUGAGGAGGACUUUUGGACCCACAUCCUGCUCCUGUUCGUUUGUGGGGCUGCGGUUUCUCCGUGGCCCCUUGAGGGGGCUGAUGAUUAAAACAAGCUGUGUGUGUGUGUGUCAGUGUGUGUGUCUGUAGUUUUUGUGUGCAUGCGUGUGAUUGUGUGUGUGUGUUUGAUCCUGUCCAGCUUUAAAGUAAAUAAACAUCUGGAAUGCAAUAUACUACACAUACUUUUUCUUGCUUGUGCCUUCAUUCAGGAAUAUUCAAAUACUGCUUUGGAAUGAAUAAAAAAAACUAUAAUAAAGGAUAAAAAUCUUUAGUUAUCAUUUUUA